AUGGGCAUCACCGCAAUCUGGAUCCCUCCCCCGUACAAGGCAGCUGUAGGCGAGAUCUCCGUCGGAUAUGACGUGUAUGAUCUCUGGGAUCUUGGUGAAUUUGAUCAAAAGGGUACUCGACGCACCAAGUACGGUACGAAGGAAGAACUGGAUGCGCUCGUGAAGGCCGCAAAUGAAGAAGGAAUCGUCAUAUACAUAGACACCGUUCUGAACCAUAAAUUUGGCGGCGAUCGUACAGAGGUUUUUCCCGCAGUUCAAGUAAAUCCCGGUGAUCGCUUUCAGGACAUAAGCCCAAAACACGAUAUCGAGGGACGGACCGGAUUUGAUUUUCCUGGACGGGGAGGUAAAUACAGCUCAUUCAAGUGGAAUUUUAACGAUUUUACGGGGGUUGAUUUUGACGCCAGGUCUGGCCAGGGCGGUGUAUUUCGUAUCUGGGGGAAGGCUUGGUCAACUCGAGUAGACACAGAAAAUCGCAACUAUGAUUUCCUAAUGGGUGCAGAUGUAGAUCCUACAGUACCCGAAGUUCAGGAAGAUCUGUUCGACUGGGGCGCAUGGGUGAUUGAUAAUGUGGGGGCUACUGGGUUUCGUGUCGAUGCAGUCAAACAUAUAGACUAUCGCUUCAUAUCGGACUUUAUCAAAUCAGCUAGGGCACGGACUCAAAAGCCUGCAUUAUUUGCUGUAGGAGAGUUUUGGAAAGAUAGCCUUUGGGAUAUCAAUAACUGGCUAAAUAACCUUGGAACACAGUUUAGCGUAUUCGACGUCCCUCUUCACUUCAACUUCAAGGAAGCAAGCGAUAGUUGGAAUAGGUUUGACAUGCGGAAGAUACUCGACGAUACGCUUGUUCAGAGUCGUCCAAUUGACGCAGUAACCUUUGUGGACAAUCACGAUACUCAACCCGGCCAGUCUCUUGAGUCGUGGGUUCAGCCAUGGUUCAAGCCUUUGGCUUAUGCACUAAUUCUUCUGCGUGAAGCGGGCUAUCCAUGUGUAUUCUAUGGCGACAUGUAUGGAUGUGCUGGUCCCGGAAGUCAAUUUCAACCGCCUGUGUCGCAAUUGGCCGACUUUAUACGUGCGCGGAAGCUAUUCGCUUAUGGUUCGACCUGGGAUGCGUGGGAUCAUCCUAACUGUAUAGGUUGGGUGCGCUCAGGUGACAAAGACCAUGAUGGAUGUGCCGUUGUACUCUGUAACGGAUCUGAAGGCAUUAAGUGGAUGCCGGUUGGAAAGGAGCAUGCAGGAGACAGAUGGACUGAUCUACUCAAAUGGCACCCCGGAGAGGUAAUAAUCAAUCAAGACGGGUGGGGAGAGUUUAGGUGCUCAGCCGGUUCAGUGAGUAUCUGGACCAAAACAAAUGCCCGAGGAAGGGAAGAGUUUUAG